AUGGCUGCGACGACGGCGGUAGCGACGGCGACGAUGGAGGAGGACACGGAGCCGGACCUGCUGGUUCAGACGCUGGAGAACAGCGGAGUCCUCAAUAGGAUCAAGGCUGAACUACGCGCAGCUGUAUUUUUAGCACUUGAAGAGCAAGAAAAAGUAGAGAACAAAACACCUUUAGUGAAUGAAAGCCUGAAAAAGGUUUUAAAUGCUAAAGAUGGUCGUUUAGUGGCAAGUCUUGUUGCAGAAUUCCUUCAGUUUUUCAAUCUUGACUUUACCUUGGCCAUCUUUCAGCCUGAAACUAGUACCGUUCAUGGGCUUGAAGCUCGAGAGAAUUUAGCCCGAGAUUUAGGAAUUAUUGAAGCAGAAGGCACUGUAGGUGGACCUAAUUUACUAUUAGAGGUAAUCAGACGAUGUCAGCAUAAAGAAAGAGGUUCAAUUAGUGGGGAGGGAGAACUAGAUCUAUCUGAUUUGCAUUCUCCACCAAAAUCUCCAGAUGGAAGGAUCUCAAGCUCUCAUACAGUACCAAGUAAGAAGGCCCCUGAAACAAAUCAGACUGAUACAAGCAUCUCCUCAUCGUCAGAAAUAAAGACCAGAAGCCAUCAUAUCUUAGCGAGUGAAACAAAACUUGGUUCUUCCUUAAACAAUAGAGGUCUGGAUGGCAGAGACAAAGUUGGUAGAUGUCCAACUGAAAAUGACAUGGAUGGAGAUUCCUUCUUUGAUGAUCCUAUUCCUAAGCCAGAAAAAAGUUUUGGUUGGAAAAGUGCUUCAAGCAAACAAGUAGGAAGCCUUGCAUCACUUUCUGAUGCACCUCCCUUAAAAAGUGGACUUAGCUCCCUUACUGGAACACGUUUAUUAAAAGAAUCUGAAAAUUCAAGGGGAAGCUCGGUAUUGAGAGAUCUGAAGAUGGUCAGUGAUAAAAUUGGAUCUCUUGGAUUAGGAGCUGGAGAUGAAGAGGAGUACAUGGAUGAUUUUAAUAGUACCAUAAGUCAUCGCUCAGAGAAAAGUGAAAUAAGUAUUGGUGAAGAAAUAGAAGAAGACAUUUCUGUGGAACUAGAUGACAUCAAUAUCAAUGAUAAACUUGAAGACCUCACACAGGACCUUACUGUUUCUCAACUUAGUGAUGUUGCAGAUUAUCUAGAAGAUGUUGCAUAGAUAUGAAAGAAGGGGGUAUUCUAAUAAAAUGGACUAAGGACUCUGAACAGUUA